AAGUUCUCGGACAUCACUAAAACUACAGACGACAGCGCCUCUAAUGUCGGAUGAAGCGUCGGAGAUAAACACCUACGUCCGACAGACAUCAGACCACAGUGACGAUUUGUUAGACGGAAAGGCGGACAGCUUCCGUCAGAAACUUGGAGAUCCGUCCUCUCAAGAAGGGGUAGAUAAUGAACUCUGUUCCCACGAGGGAAUGUUAAAGAUGGUUCCUUAAUGGACACAGGAGAGGAGUCGAACUCCAAGUUUCUAGAUAGAGCUAUGUUAGAUACAGUAACCGAAGGGGCCACGGAGGGAAUCACCGACAUUGUAGAUAAAGUUCAGUGGGAUGUUAAGGAGAAACUAACCAGGUCGAAAUCUAAAAAGAAGCUAAAAGGAACUCCCAGAUCCGCAGUUUCCCCCAAGUCCUCCUCGGGAGGAUUGUCCUGUCGUCCCCACACAGUCUCCCAGGUCCCCAGCAACUCACUCCGGAGACAGAGAUCUAGAGUUGCUAGUGCCCCUCAACAGCGACCCACUUCCGCCGGACUUAAAGAGGGAACAACCGUUGCCAUGGUAACCGAGCGAUUGACUCUCAGCAAAUCACUUUUAUCUCGGCGGAUGGAGAAGAGAGUGCACGUGACUAAGAGAGUUCAGAGCGCCCCGGAAGUGAGAGCUCUGACUCCACCCACUUUACACAGAACUAAACAGGGCUGCCCCCUUACUUUUAGUGACCUUCUCAGAGCCGAGGAGAAAGGCGGUUUCGAGUCUAAGUGGGUUCUGCAGUGUAUUGAGUCGGACCUGUUUAACAAGACCUAUAAACCCAAGAAGAGGAUAACUUCAGCCCCUCCUAGAUUUCACCACCCGCCCGGCAGUCUUAGACCAGCGUAUAUGGACAAGCCCCCCAACCCUGCAGUGGAACCAGCGUAUGACGAGGAAUGGCACGACAAAAUAGUGGAACAACACGAGACACGCAGGCGUGUAGCGGAACAGCGUCAUUUCGAGGCGGCUGAGAGGCGGCGACUACUAAACUCACAACAGCUCAAGAAAGCGGCUGUUAUACGUGAUAAGUGCUACAGAAGCAAGAAGACUAAAACAAACGGUUACGGUAACUUUACAGACCGGAGAACUCCCUCCCCUCCUCCCGGUCCCCUCCCCACCGCUAUCUCCCUCCACAGCUCCCUCAACUACAGAGUAAAGUCAGCUAUGAGCUUCACCGCACCUGGCGCCCCUCCUUCUCCUGUCCUCUCCAGGUCCCAGUCUAGUAGUGCCACGCACAUCACAGAGACUCCCUCUCCAGUAUUAGCUAAAGCUGCUGUGUUAAGGAAUGCUAGCGAACUCUUCCUGUGUUACAGUGCUGCUGCUACAGCUAGUGUGGGCUAGGUUACCAUAGUUACCAUAGUUACCAUAGUUACACUAGGCAUUGCACAGCUAUAUAGUGUGGGCUAUGCAUUGUACAGCUAGCGUGGGCUAGACAUUGCACAGCUAUAUAGUUACCAUAGUUACACUAGGCACUGCACAGCUAGUGUAGGCUAGGCAUUGCUAUUAUUCACUUUCUCUUUACACAUGUUGUUUUUUGCAGUCGGGCGUGAGGUUUCCGUAUCAAUGAUGUCUUCAACUGAUCAGAAGUUUUCUUAAUUAAUACGUAUAACAGUCUACCAACAAUUUGAUCUUUGAAAAUAUGGGAAUUGUUGCAUAAUGCACUUAAGCAUUUUUGUUUUGGAUUGUUUGGAAUAAACUAUGGAUAAUAUGUGAUCAAAAUAUUUGAAAUUUAUCGAUAAAUGGGUUAUGAAUAUUGAAUAUAAUGUUUCUCUUAGGUUUUUUGUUAAUUGUUAAUUGUUACCUUAAAGCUAGAUAGAGGUAAUAACACUACACGAAUCUACCAGGUAUCACCUUCAAGUUAGAUAUAGGUAAUAGCACUACACGAAUCCACCAGUUGUCACUUUCAAGUUAGAUAAAGAGGUAUUUUGUCUGGUAAAUAUCUCCGUUAAUGGCUCACCUAUCUUUCCUAGCAUGCUUCAUCGAUUAUUACCCCUUCGACCUUAAAUUUGUUUAAUAAUACCAACUCUGAUAAUAUUUUGAAUAGCCAUUAAUUGUCGAAUUGGGGAUGUGCUUCUACAGAGAUACUUACUUGGAUACUUUGAUGAGGUUUAGCCAAAAUAGUCAGGGACGUCGUGCUGGAUGUUCCAGUCUAAUAAUGAGUUAGGGCAUAAUGUCGUGUAACUCGGACUUGGACAUUUAUCCGGAACUUUGUAAAGAUACUGUCCUAUAGCUGCUUCGAAUGCGUUAAAUCCGUUACAGUGUAAUUUAUGGUCUCGGGCAGAAGAUUUCAAAGUUAGGUAGGUUUUACAGAGAAAGAGUUCUCAUAGAGGGUCUGGACAGCUGAUGGACAGCUUUUUGGGGGUUGAGGAACCUCUGCUCUCAAUCCAAACCUGUCAGACGAGUGGAAUGUCAUUUUGUCAUCAGCCUUUUUCUGGAGGAUUUUCCAUGUAUUACUACCUCUCGCCUUCUUUGGAGUGAUGGCUGAUCGAGAUAUAAUUAUCUCUCCCAGUAGUCCAUUUCUUGAUAGCCAGAUAUUCUGCGUGUAAAAGGUCUUUGAAUGGCUUCCAGAGUCUGGAUAUCUUGAACUUUGUGGGGAUUCACAGGGGGAACAGUUUAUGCUGGUUUCGAUUGACCAUUUACUAACUCUGUCGAGGUAUCCUUGGUUACCAUAGUUACUUGGAGGAGAGCCAGAUCUCUUUCAUAUUCGAUUGGUCUGGAAACUUUGUCGUCUGAAAAAUUAUUGACUUUGAUUGUUGGAUAGUGUUUACUAUUAGUCCCAGGAACAGAAGGGACUGUUUUUCAUUAACAAGGACUGUUUGGAUCCUAUUUUCAGAGAUGAAGUAUAAUUAAAUAGUUUAAUUACUACUAUUAUGCAUCAUCUUGUGAUAAUAUUACAUAAAACCAGGGUUUCAGUUAAGAAUAAGAUUAUAAGAUAAAAAUGGCAAAGUUUGCAUUUACUAUAAUUGCAGUUCUCUAUGAUAAUUUGUAAGCAAAAAUUUCGAUCAAUAAAACUUGUAUUGACUUUCUAUUUAAUAACAAACCACUGGUAGCAGGGGGAUUGUCAGUGAA